UUUAUUUUAUUUUUAUUUUUAUUUUUUCGUGGUUUUCGAGCAGCCAAUGAGAUUGGCUAGUAAAAUGACCACAGAUGUUUCUCAAUAAACUUCAAAGACGAAGACAACACGAGCUGUACAGAUCUACCAUGGAACUGUCGGAGGUGAGGUGCUCAAGUGCUAAUGAGGAACUGUACACCAUCAACAAGACCCCGACCAUUAACAGCAACACCAGACCCAAGAGAUUGCUUUGGCAGACUGCGGUGAGACAUAUCACCGAACAAAGGUUUAUUAACGAACAAAGUAGCGCUAAGACCCUCUCUUCCGAUGAUUCCUACACGAACAAUGCCACCAGGCAGUUUGGAAAGGCGGCCGCUGGGGACAAGCACAACAACGGGGGCACCAAAGUCUUUCCGGAGAGGACCAGUAGUGACCUGGGCUUCCUUCACUUAGACUGUGCCCCCAGCAAUUCCGAUUUCUUUUUGAACUGGGGCUACACCUACAGGGGGGUCAUCUUUCCGACACUGAGGAACUCGUUCAAGUCCAGAGACCUAGAAAGGCUCUAUCAGCGCUAUUUUCUAGGUCAACGUCGCAAGUCGGAAGUGGUGAUGAACAUCUUGGAUGUGCUGACCAAACUCACCUUACUUAUCCUUCAUCUCACGUUGGCUUCUGCGCCCAUGGACCCGAUCAAAGGCAUCUUGUUGGGCUUUUUCACUGGAAUUGAGGUGGUGAUCUGUGCCUUAGUAGUUGUCAGGAAGGACACAACAUCUUACACAUAUCUGCAGUUCAGUGGAGUUGUGACGUGGUUGGCCAUGGCGACCCAGAUCCUGGCAGCUGGUCUAGGAUAUGGCCUUCUAGGGGACGGUAUUGGCUACGUUCUCUUUACUCUUUUUGCUACCUACAGCAUGCUUCCAUUAUCACUUACCUGGGCUAUCUUGGCUGGAUUGGUAACUUCCCUUCUACAAAUAGUGAUGCAGUUGGUAAUUCCCAGACUCGCAGUGGCUUCCAUAAAUCAGAUUGUGGCACAAGCUGUGUUGUUUAUGUGUAUGAACACGGCCGGAAUCUUCAUUAGCUACCUGUCAGAUCGGGCUCAGCGACAAGCCUUUCUCGAGACCAGAAGAUGCGUCGAAGCCAGGCUGAGACUUGAGACUGAGAACCAGAGACAGGAAAGGCUCGUCCUCUCUGUAUUACCUCGCUUUGUUGUACUUGAAAUGAUCAACGACAUGACCAAUGUAGAAGACGAACAUCUGCAGCACCAGUUUCACAAGAUUUACAUCCAUCGCUAUGAAAAUGUCAGCAUUCUUUUUGCAGAUGUCAAAGGAUUCACCAAUCUGUCCACUACCUUAUCAGCGCAAGAAUUGGUUCGAAUGUUGAAUGAACUCUUUGCGAGGUUUGAUCGCCUAGCUCAUGAACAUCACUGCCUUAGAAUUAAGAUCCUAGGUGACUGCUAUUAUUGUGUGUCUGGCCUUCCCGAACCUCGACAAGACCAUGCUCACUGCUGUGUGGAAAUGGGACUCAGCAUGAUCAAGACCAUUAGGUAUGUGAGAUCACGGACCAAACAUGACAUUGACAUGCGGAUUGGAAUACAUUCUGGCUCAGUGCUGUGUGGAGUGCUGGGGCUAAGGAAGUGGCAGUUUGACGUGUGGUCGUGGGAUGUGGAUAUCGCCAACAAACUGGAGUCAGGAGGAAUCCCAGGGAGAAUUCACAUAUCAAAAGCUUCUCUCGAUUGCCUUAAUGGAGAUUACAACGUGGAAGAAGGCCACGGCAAAGAAAGGAACGAGUUUUUACGGAAACAUAACAUUGAAACCUACUUGAUCAAACAACCCGAGGAGAACCUGUUAACCCUGCCGGAAGACAUCGUGAAGGAGUCGGUGAGCGCGACGGACCGGAGGAACAGCGGGGCCACGUUCACCGAGGGGUCCUGGAGCCCGGAACUCCCGUUUGAUAACAUUGUCGGCAAACAGAAUACUCUGGCUGCUCUAACAAGAAAUUCAAUAAAUCUGCUUCCAAACCAUCUUGCACAAGCUUUGCAUGUCCAAUCUGGGCCUGAGGAGAUUAACAAGCGAAUAGAGCACACCAUCGACUUGCGGAGUGGAGAUAAGUUGAGAAGAGAGCAUAUCAAGCCUUUCUCACUGAUGUUUAAAGAUUCCAGCCUGGAGCACAAGUAUUCGCAAAUGAGGGAUGAAGUGUUCAAGUCCAACCUGGUCUGUGCAUUCAUGGUUCUAAUCUUUAUCACCGCAAUCCAAAGCUUGCUUCCGUCUUCAAGGAUGAUGCCGAUGGUGAUUCAGUUUUCGAUUCUGAUCAUGUUGCACUCGGCGCUGGUCCUGAUAACGACCGCGGAGGAUUAUAAAUGUCUUCCCCUGGUGCUCCGGAAAACCUGCUGCUGGAUUAAUGAGACGUACUUGGCGAGGAAUGUCAUCAUCUUCGCAUCCAUUUUGAUUAAUUUCCUCGGAGCCGUAAUCAAUAUCCUGUGGUGUGAUUUCGACAAAUCAAUUACCUCAAAAAACCAGACAUUCAACUCCUCAGCCUCCGUUACCGACAUCUGCUUUUAUCCCGAGUACUUCGUCUUCACCGGAGUUCUUGCAAUGGUCACCUGCGCGGUCUUUCUACGUCUCAACUCCGUCCUGAAGCUGGCAGUGCUGCUUAUUAUGAUAGCAAUAUAUUCCCUACUGACAGAAACAAUUUAUACGUCGCUCUUCUUGAGAUAUGACAACUCUCAUCACAACGGGAACACCGACUUCCUGGGGACGAAAGAGGCCUCUCUGCUGCUAAUGGCCAUGUUCCUCUUGGCGGUGUUUUAUCACGGACAGCAGCUGGAAUACACAGCAAGACUGGAUUUCCUGUGGCGGGUUCAGGCCAAAGAAGAAAUCAACGAAAUGACGGAACUGAGGGAGCACAACGAAAACAUGCUCAGAAACAUCCUCCCGAGUCACGUGGCUCGCCAUUUCCUAGAGAAGGACAGAGAUAACGAGGAUCUGUACUCUCAGUCCUACGAUGCUGUGGGCGUGAUGUUCGCAUCUAUCCCCGGAUUCGCUGAUUUCUACUCCCAAACCGAAAUGAAUAACCAAGGCGUGGAAUGCCUGCGCUUACUUAAUGAGAUCAUCGCUGAUUUUGAUGAGCUGUUAGAUGAAGAGAGAUUCCAGGAUAUAGAGAAGAUCAAAACCAUUGGAAGCACAUACAUGGCUGUGUCUGGAUUAUCCCCAGAGAAACAGCAGUGUGAAGACAAAUGGGGUCAUUUGUGUGCUGUGGCUGAUUUCUCCAUCGCGCUGAAUGAAAGCAUCCAAGAGAUCAACAAGCAUUCAUUCAACAACUUCGAGCUACGCAUUGGGAUAAGUCACGGAUCGGUUGUUGCUGGCGUUAUCGGAGCAAAAAAGCCCCAGUACGACAUCUGGGGGAAAACCGUCAACCUGGCCAGCAGGAUGGACAGCACGGGCGUAAGCGGCAGAAUACAAGUGCCUGAGGAAACGUAUCACGUCUUGAAGGACCGCGGCUUUGCAUUCGAGUACCGCGGAGAGAUCUACGUCAAAGGCAUAAGCGAGCAAGAAGGAAAAAUCAAAACGUAUUUUCUUCUAGGAAGAGUUCAGCCAAAUCCGUUAAUAUCACAGCCAAAAAUAAUCACCGGACAAUACUCUCUAGCUGCUGUCGUACUAGGACUUGUCCAGUCUCUUAACCGGCAGAAACAGAAACAGAUCCUUAAUGAGAAUAACAAUUCCGCCAUCAUGAAGGGACAUUAUAACCGGCGGACACUAUUGGCCUCCAGCGGUUCGGAGGCAGUCACGCAAACAGAUGGAGCUGAUAAACCCGAAUUGCCAUAAAACACAAUCUUUUUUUUUUUUCCUUUGAGUUCAUUUUUUGUAUUUCUUUUAUAUAUAAAUACACAAAUAAAGACUUAUAAUUUUUUUAC